GUUUGCGCGACCGUCACUCAGUGGCCGCUGCCCAACACUCCGCCAUGGACCGCACGCCCCUCGUCGUCGCCCUGCUCGUCGCGGUGCUCGCCGCCACCGUCGCCGCCGGCCCCGUCCUGGAGGCCGUCACCGAGCCCACGGAGCAGGAGCCCGUCACCCUGGAGCGCUACAUCGAGCAGGUCAAGAGUCAGCUGCGCGCGCUGCAGAAGAAGCGUAUCAUCGCCCACGACGGCUCCGAAAACGAGGUGGGCAAGUUGAUCUCGCUGCUGGAGAAGCUGUCGGCGGACGAGCAGAAGACGCGCGGCGUGGAGUGCGACGACAAGAAGUGCGCCGAGCACUGCCAGACGAGGCCGGGCUUCAACACGGGCUACUGCAACCACUACCGCCUGUGCAGCUGCUACUACUCGCCCUACGUCACCCCGGCGCCGCCCACCGACUGCCCGCGAUGAAGCACACUGCGAUACGAUAACGCCAUUUGAAAGGAACAAUUAUACCACGACGCCCGAAACAA